AUGGCGGUAGCAGAUGCGAGGACAAAAGUGCUUUUUGGUCUUGGUCUACCGAUGGAGGAGGAUAUAUCUAUGACUCUCGGUUACGUGUUGAAGUGUAAUUACGAUCUACCCUACAAUUCGUCGGAUUUCACAAGAGCUCACGCACGAUUUAAAAAGUUCACCGACAACGCUCUACCGCAGGGUGAAAAACCGGAGCACCGAGGUUUGAGCCGUUGGACCCUCUACAGAAUGCUGGAAUCAGCGAUGGAAAGGCUCGGCUCCGGUAAAGCUUGUCUACUCCGUGCCGUUUGCGAAUCAGCGUCGAAUCCCUUCGAGAAAGGACGCGGACUCCUAGGGGAACUCUUGCACGUUCUACUUACACCCUCAACGACCUUCGAAGAAUACGAAAUCUACUCCGAUCGUGAAUAUUUCGCGGCCGAGACGAUCGGUCGGAACUCCAAUGGGAGAUGCGGAUACUUUUAUGCGGAGUGCCAAUACAAUCCGUUAGAUUAUUUUACGAUCAUCCGUGCCCUCUAA